AGCGUCCCAAUCGCGCGCGUCAGGCAAUGUGCUUUUGUGCAGUCUGCAGCAUCGGUGGGAUCGCGGCAUUUUCGGGUCUUUGAAUUUCGUCCGGCGAUUUCUUGAUGCCGCCAAGGAAACGAGAUAAGCCCAUCGAUGUGGCCAAACCACAGCGGACAGAGCAAGCUCAUACGGACCAUGAAUUAUUUUUACAGGCCUUUGAAAAACCGACACAGAUAUAUCGGUACCUACGAGCUCGUCACCUAGCACUGCCAAUAUUUAUGCAUAGGACAUUGACUUACAUGAAACAUAGAAUGUCACGCACUCACAAGGCCAGACGUGGCUUCAGAGUGGACAACAUGUUGUCCAACAUGCAAGCACAACACGGAAGGCCAUCAUCUCAACUAGUUCUCAACUUCACAGGAUUCUUUGACAAAUCUCACAAGAAAGACACAGUCAUUGUAGAAGCAGUCAUCCUCCUGAAGAUCUGCACCAGGAAGCGGUCAGAUCCUCCCACAAUUCAGGUUUCGGCGGGCAGGUGCGAGGUUGCCCGCAAUCCAGAAGGCGGCGGAGGAAACACGAGAGGGGGCAGCAAGGGAGGUUCGCCAGACUCCAUCGUACUUCCAGAAAGCAGCUUUCACCCCAUCACCAGCGGAGUGAAGUCCUACGUCCUCCUCCUCAGGGUUGUGCCAAACAGUUCACCGAAAAACCACGAUUGCGGCAGGGGUAUCGACCAUGCAGAAGAACCGAGUGCCAAGAAAGCACGUCGCGGGAGCAGCGCCACCUGGCAGGAAGAGGAAGGACCCUUCGCGGGAGAGAUGGUAGUGUACGACGAGCAGCAGAGGUGUUGCCUCCUCUUGGACGGACAAUACGAACUGGCCCUGCGUCCGUGGUCUCCAAACUCCCACCACAGUACCAUCAACUCCUCCUGGGAGACUAUGCCGCAGGGUAUGGCCUCAUUUGAGGCAUUUGAAAAGGGUCCCAAAGUGGCCUUCCGGCUACACUGGGGCCAAUCGCCCGAGAACAGCGCUCACACCAACAACGGAAGGCGGGUCGCUCUGUCACCAGUCGAGAUGAACGCAGCUCCCAACAACCUGUCUAAGCACUUCCGAAACAGGAGGAACGGUUCACUGAAGCACAGCGACGAACCCAUACCCAGGGCUCCCAUACCGGGUACGGAGCAGCGCACUCGUGUCUUCUACCAGUUCCAGUACGGGAGCCACGCCCGACAACAGACGGAAGCGCGGGCGGACAUGCGGUGCCCAUGGUGUCUGCUCGACUGUCGUCUGCUUACGGCACUCCUCAAGCACCUAAAACUGUGCCAUAACCGCUUCACUUUUGCUUAUGUUCCUCUACCAAAAGGUGCACGAAUAGACGUGUCGCUGAACGAGUGCUACGACGGUUCUUACGCCGGCAACCCUCAGUACCUACACCCGCAGACGAGCCACGCGUGGGGCCGCUGGGGCCCAGUGCGCAGGACUCCCAUCACCUACGUCAUGGUUUGUCGGCCGAAAAGAUCCCCGCUCAGCUUGUCGGAGUUCUUGGAACCAGACGAGCCAGAUGUCGAUCAGCCCAGGCCGUAUAUUUCUGGUCACAACAGGUUGUAUUACCACACAGCUACCUGCCUCCCGCUCCGGCCUCAGGAAAUCGACAGAGACAGCGAGGCAGAGGACGAUCCGGACUGGCUGAAGCUUAAAACGCAGCUGAUGAUAGACGAGUUUACGGACGUCAACGAGGGUGAGAAGGAGCUGAUGAAGAUGUGGAAUUUGCACGUCAUGAAAUACGGCUUCGUGGGGGACUGCCAGAUUGCAAUAGCGUGCAACAUGUUUGUGGAGCAGCACGGCCGAGAACUGAUAGGCCGCAACCUGUACCGCAACUUCGUCCUGCACAUGUGCAACCUCCUGGACUUUGGCCUCGUCAGUGCCUCCGUGGUGUACACGACGGUGCGUCGCCUGCAGAUGUUCUGCCACGUCAAGGACAGAAAGUUCACCCUGCCCUCGGCCUACACAUAACACACUGUGCUCGAACGGUUACGUUGCGACGAACUGCAGCUGCAGACGCCGUUUCAGGCAAAUGGUGCAACACCCAUCUUACAAUCCUCAGCUGUUCGGUCCCGCUUUGGGUCGGGUAUAUGCUUUGACACAAAGACUCCGCAAGUGUUAUCGCUCCACAGGGCACGUAAAUGGCUUAAGGUAGAGCGUAACGGGCGUGAGAGGGGCGAGGCAUCCUGCGGGGCGUACGUCGCGACGCCCGUCGGACGUUUGAUGCUUAUGUCCGCAGGACGUCGGAUGCGUACGUCCACCGGAUGUUUCGUUUUCGUCCUUUUGCUCAUUGUGCUGUACAUCAUGCUCGCGUUUUCUCUCAGGUCAGUAAGGAACAGCAGCUGACAUUAUGCGGUAUCGCUGCAAGAUUGGCUACAGGAAGACGGCUUAGAAAUUAUGAAACGUACUAUUUUUUAAUAUAACGUAUAUACUGUAA